AUGUUAUCCACACUAGAGGAAGAUGCCCCGUCAUAUGCAACAGUGAAAAGAUGGGUGGCAGAGUUUAAACGUGGGCGAUCGAGCACUGAUGAUGAACCCCGUCCUGGUCCACCUGUUGUGUCUUCAACACCUGAAAUGGUACAGCGAAUCCUGGAAAUAGUCAUGGACGACCGACGAGUGACACAGCGACAGAUAGCCAACUUAGUGGACAUCUCUCAGGAGCGAGUGCAUUUCAUUCUGACAGAUAUUCUAGGAAUACACAAGGUUUCUGCUCGAUGGCUCCCCAAACUGUUGACAGCUGAUCAGAAACGUCAAAGAGAGAAUCUCUCAAGGGAGAACCUCAAGCUUUUUGAAGGUGAUCCAGAUAACUUUCUCAAACGAUUUGUUACAAUGGACGAAACAUGGGUCCUCCACUUUGAACCUGAAUCAAAACAACAGUCUAAACAGUGGAAACAUGUCACAUCUCCUACUCCAAAGAAAGCAAAGUCUGUGCCUUCAGCUGGGAAAGUCAUGGCAUCCGUGUUUUAG